AUGAGUGACAUAUUUUUUAUAAACGUAAUUUGUAUCUUCACAGCUAUCCGUAAUAAUCAGACGUUGUCAGAAUUGACUGACAUCUCAUUACCGGCCAUCUCGGCCCCUCCAGUGCCCCAUCCAGCUGCUAAUCACUCGCAGUCCAAUCACAAUCAAUAUGAGAAUCAAUGCAAGCAGGAAGGUGCGGACAAGGACUGGACUGAGCAUAUAUCCACCGAAGAAGGACAAAUGUUGAUUGAGGCUCUGAAUGGUUUUGUCAUUGUGGUGCAACAAGAUGGUCAGAUUUUCUAUGUCUCAACAACAAUCCGAGAAUAUCUUGGAUUUCAAGAGGCUGACGUCAUGCAUCAGUGCGUGUAUGAGUUGAUCCACAAAGAUGAUCGGUUGGCAUUUCAACAGCAGAUGAGCGUGGAUCCCAUCGACGAAGAGUCCGAAGGCAUGAGUCAAGAAUUACAGCCAGCCACUCAAAACCACGAUUUCGGUGAUAAUAUCGUACGGUCCUUUGAAUGUCGUUUCCGAUGCCUGUUGGAUGAGUCAUCUGGGUUUCUGAAACUCAAGUUUUCGGGGAAACUGCGGCCACUACACGGUCAGCGGGUACGCGGAAAAGACGGCAUUCCCAUCGACAAAGACCCACCGGAACUGGCUCUGUUUGCACUUGCCUGCCCCGUCGAACAGUAUUCCAUUGUGGAAAUACAUAUUCGAAAUACAAUAUUUCGUACAAAACAUGAUUUGUCUUUUAAGCCAUUGGCUGCUGACAAGAUGGGUGUUGAGGUUUUAGGUUACAGUGAAAUGGAACUUAUCCAGUUACCGGGAUACCAUUACAUACACUAUGAGGACUUGAUUUACUUGUCAGAUAUACAUAGCAACUUACUCCGCAAAGGUGAAACAGGCUACUGUUACUUCCGGCUGUAUCGAAAGACUGGCAAAUGGAUGUGGGUGCAAGUAAAACCCAGAGUAAUUUACAAGAAUGACCAACCAGAUUACUUGGUGUCCACUCACAGACCAAUGAGUGAUCAAGAAGGAGAACAACAUCACAAGCAAAGGGAAAAUCCCUUCAAGUUUCCCUUCAAGAACAUCCAGUCACCUCUGUAUGAUAUGAAUAACCCAUACCCACCAAUGCCUAGAGAAAUCAUCGAGUAUAUCAAAAGUGGAUUUAAGCCACAGUUUGGGAAGGAAGGUGGACCUCCCAUAGAUUUUGGUGCGAUGGGACCACCGCCGAAGGGUGCGGGGCCACCCAAUGCUGCCAAGCAGCCCCUGAAUGGUGGUAUGCAGCCGCGAAAUGGACUUGGCUCAAGACCGCCAAAGAGUAUGAUGCCAGAGUCAGUUAUGCGUCCUGGAAUGACUGCUAACCGAGUUGAUACAAUAAAGUCAUUUGUGGGUCCAGAUGGAGUGCAAAACACUAUCAUGCAGACACAGAUAACAAGAUGUGCUAAUCAGAUACAAAAAUUAAAAAUCCCCGAUCAGUUUAAUGUUGAGUAUACCCGCUCUGAUAUGAUGCAUGCUGCACCUAUGAUCACUGACUUGACUCCUUGCCAACAAAUGGGAGCUGAUCCGGUGGGGAUCACUGGAAGUUCUGAGGUUGUGUUUGGCCAAGACACUAUCCCGACGUUUAACGAAACUAUAAUGCCUCUCGAAAGGCUAACAGAAAUUCCAACUCAGGAGCCUCUCUCAUGCCAAGUGGAUCAAAGUUGCCAAUUUUCAAAUGCUGAUGUGCCUAAAACUAGUACUACGGUUUCAUGUAUGCAGGGUCCCAAUCAAAGUUUUGUUUCAAAAGAUAUGAUGAUGUUUCAAACGGCGAUGGAAACUGGAAGUAUGAACCAAAAGAAUCAUUUGUCCUUCCCAAAUAACAGUUUAUCAAAUAAUGUGAACUUUGAACAAUGUCCAAUGGUUGAGAACUCUUUACAGCAUCCAGGUGAGUCAAACUUGCUUCCAGGUGUCAAUUGUGUUCAGAAGACUGGAGUAGCAACUACAUCAAAGCUGCACGAUAUGCUCACGAAACCGACGCACAACGUCCAUCACCACUCUAAUCUGCUAAGCGGUACAAGUGAUAUGAAACGUGAACGAACACAUACAGUUGAAUAUUUGCCAAAUGGUUCACAGUUGGCUACUCCUGCUCAACAAGCAAUUCCCUCAUCUCUACACAACAUUCAAACAAACCAGUUAACAGAACAAGGAAGAUUAAUGCAAUCUGCACAAUACCAUGGAAUUCCUCCUGUAGUUCCUAUGAACAAUCAACAGGUCUUUGGGACAGUUGGAGAAAAUAGUGGUUUUUUCCAACCAAAGAAUGGAGUUUCAGCUAUGGAAAACCAAAUGACAAUGAUUUGUGGAGGUCAAAACAUGACAAAUGUUGGGAACCAAAGCAGAAUGAAUGUCGGAAACCAAUAUGGAAUAGCUCCUGGAAGUCAUGAACUAAACAGUUGUGGAAUUAAUCAGAUUCCUAAUAACAAUCAAUUUGUAAAUGGUAUGGGAAUUAUGGGUAAUGAAAACCAAAGAAAUAUGCGGGAGUUGAAUUCUGGGUAUCAGCACAUGAUGAAUGAUGGAAAUCCAGGAAUGAUGAUCAAUGGUGGAAAUCAAGGAAUGAUGAUGACAGGAAAUCAGAGAAUGAUUAAUCAUGGUACUGGGAUUGUACAGAACCAAAGAAUGGUACCCACAAGAAAUAUGAUUGGGACUCAACAAGGAAUGAUGAAUGCUAGGGAUCAACAAAGUCAUGACUUCGGAAACCACCAAGGAUUGAUAAAUGCCAGGUCUCAAGGAAUGUUAGGCACUGGGAAUCAACAUGGAAUGAUGAAUGUCAUGAACCAGGGAAUUGCAGACACUGGAAGUCAUCAAGGCAUUGUGAAUGCCAGGAAUCAAGGGAUUUCAAAUAUGGGUGAUCAUCAAGAAAUGAUGAUUUCCAGUACUCAAGGAAUUCCAGCCACUGCUAAUUAUCAAAGAAUAAUUAAUGCCAGGAAUCAUGGAAUUACAAACACUGGAAGUCAUCCAGGCAUGAUGAGUGCCAGUAAUCAAGGAAUUCCAAACUCUGAGAAUCAUCAUCCAGGCUUAAUGAAUGCCUGUAAUCAAGGAAUUCUGGGCACUGCAAAUCAAAUGGGCAUGGUAAAUGCUAGGAAUCAAGGAAUUCCAAAUCCAGAAAACCGAAGUAUUCCAAAUGUUGCGUAUCAAGGAAUGGGAAAUAUUGCGAAUCAAAGUUUGAUGUAUUCUGACAACCAGGUAAUGGGAGGAACAUAUCCUGCCAGAAGUCAGCAAGAAAUUCUGGAAAUGCUGUCAUUGUCUGGUAACAAUAUUGAGCACAAGGGAAAUAACUUACCAACAGUAAUGGCUAGGAACGUAAAGGAUGGACAGAAUCAACAAGUUUUCCUUGGAAAUGAACAAAUGACUGCAAAAGAUGCGAUGAUGUACAGCAUGAUUCAAAAACAACUCCAAACACCUAAUAAUCAAGGAAUGGAUGGUAAUGGCUACAUCAACCAAGGAAUGAUGUAUUGUGAAAAUGAUAUGCAAGCCAAUGCUUUGAACCAAGAAAUGGAGGCGAGAAAUACGAGAGUGCCUGGGGAAGCAAUGCAUAGGCAUUCAACUGAUUCAGGGAGCACCGGUUACGAAUCCUCUCAACUUAGCAGUGUAUUUGAUGAUUAUUGCAGUUCUACAGGAAUGCAGUUGACACCAAAUUCUGUCUUUUCUUCACCAUCUGGGAAGAGUGGCUCACCUGGUGACUCCUGCGAACUGUUGUACUAGUGCUGAACAUUGUGGCGAAAUCUGUAGAAUAACUGCAUCAAGGUCUUUUGAAGGAAUUCAACAAGUCUUUGAUAAACUCUGGUUUUCAGAGUCGUUGUCUCGUUGUUUUGUACCUGUGGAUUACUUCAUGUGAUGAUUGUGACAUCAUUGAUCGGAUCCCUUUUGGAUCAAUGCUGCAUUAUUAAUGUGUCCUGUUAGCAAGUGAAGGAGACAUUUUGCCUUUCAUUCAUUGGCUGUGUGAAGGAGUUUUCAGAUGAUCUUGCUACUGAUUUAUAAAAUCAGCGAUGUUGUUUGUUGCCAAGAAGCAUGAGAAUUAAGAAAUAUAUACAGAUUUUGAUUAGGUGACCGCUAAAAACACUGUUUGAAAACUGAGGCUUUUCACAAGCUAGAUUCAAGCAAACAGAAGUUGUAAGAUUUUUGAAGUUCAAGUGAUGGUGGUAUAUAGCCAAGUGACAAAAAGUUUUGCGAGUCGUUAACAUUUAAAAAUGUAUUAUGUUGCAUGAUGUAUUUUUUCCUAAAUUUUCAGCGAAUUUGAAACCAAAAAUAUUUCUGCUUGUCAUGAAGGGGCCAGCUUGUUUUAUUUUUAUUUUAUUUUAUUUAUUUUCAAUCUUUCGACAAAAACAGAAAAGUUGGACAGGAGUGCCGAGGAAAAGCAAAAGUUGUGAAGGGAAGUGCUUAUGUUAUAUAAAAUGAAAUCAUUUUCCAGGUAAUAUCUUUCACUCAGUCCCUCCAUUCAGUGCGUUAUCCUUUUUGGGGGCAUGCAGAUCCUUUAGGAAGGGAAUUGUCUUGCCCCCUGUUUUUUUUUCUUUAUUUUCCUAUUAUUAUUUAUUUCAUUUACUGUACUUCACAUCACGUUUCUCAUUAACUUAAGCAUUUCAGCAGGGUAGAAUGGUUAGAAACAUUCAAGUUAAUGUAAGGAGACGGAAUAUGUUUAUAUAAUAAGAACAAUGCUGGUACCCUUUGUGGUUUUUAAAGCAAGCCUCCUUUUGGGAGAAGAUAAACCAAAUAGAUAGUUUGUUAAUCAGAAUGCCAAAGUAAAGAUGCAUGCUUAUUUGUAUAAUAUGUAUGUACAGAUGUAUAUAUAUGUUAACAGAUAGAUAAAUAAUAAUAGCAGUACUCGAAACCGUUAGACCACAGAGUUAAGUCUAUACGUAUACCUAUAGAUCUCUGUGGUGUAAUGGUAUGAUACUUCCCUGGUAACUACAGGUUGCAGGUUCAAAUCCCGCCAGAGAGGUGCUACAACUGAAAAAAGGGAACUUUCAUUGAAUGGCUAUGAUUGAUACGUUUAUAACCUCAUGUGUCUAUUUGAACAAUGUUAUUAUUAUCUAUCUAUUUGUUUAUAUAAAUAUAUAUACAUACAUUUGGUAUAUAUAAAUAUGAAAUAUGGAAGGAGUUGAACUUAUCAAGCAUUUGUUAAAUUUUAAUCAGUGGGGAAAACAAUCACAUUGUUUAAAUCCUAAGAUCACAUUGCUGAGAGAACAGUGCAUUUUAGUUUUGUGUUCAUCAAAAACAUAACUUCAUCCAUUAACGUGCCAAAUAUUGAAAAAAAAAAAAUCCAGUUACAUAUUUGUUUUGAAUUGCCAACUCAUCCCGAUUUACUAUUUUAUCAGGAAAAUGUUAAUUUUUAAAAAAUAAUUAAAAAUUGUCAAUGCUAAAUAUUAUGAAAAGUCUUUUCUUGAAUGUUUUUUUUUUUUUUAAGCAUGUCUGAUCAGCGUAAUUGUACCAAAGCAUAAAGCAAAGCUGUAUAAAACUUGGGAAUUUGCCAAACGCAGAUAUAUUAUUUUAAACAUUUAAAUCAAGCUGCAUGAAUUUGCAUAAAUUUGCAUAUUUUAUCUAAAUAGAUUGAAUGACUUUUGAAUUUAAUCAUAUAUUUUAAGAUGUAUUUGGAGCCACAGAAAGAGGUUCAAUUUGUGAUUAUGUGAAAUAAAGAGCUUUUUGAAAUUUUAAAUGAUAGAUUUUUAUAUUCUUCGUAUCAACUUUGAUGAAGCGAUGCACCUGCACUUAAGCUUCAGUGACUUUGUCGGUUGAAUGUACUGUUCUUCUGAGGGAGGGAGGGAGGGCGUAGUUUUAGAUUUAGAACAAGAGCAGUUAACAUCCAGCGGAAAAUUGUUUGAAUUCUGUUAAGCAGUGGUUGUCAUAAUAUGUAAUGUCAGUCACUUGUUGUGUCUGUAUACACUAGUGUAGAUUUAUUUUUCCUCUUUCUGUUGCAACAUAGAGGGCAGCAGACACUUAAUAUUUUGUGUAAGGCUUCACUCAAUAGAUGGCAGCAAACUCAA